AUGGGGCUAUUGCAACGGCUGUACAAGCGCCUGCCUUCAACGCCGGCACUCGAAGAGUGGAAGAAUGAGAAGCCCAAAUCUGUAUCGCGGUUAUCCUUCUUUCGCAGGCGGAUCAAGCUGAAAGGAAACUCUUCAUUAUCGAUACCUCUGGGCUUUCUUUUACUGUUUCCCAGUCUGGUCGUCGUUUUAAUUCUUAUCCUCGUGAUAAAGCAUCCCAAUUCCCCCGGUCGUAUAUUAGUACCGGCUGGGACACCUCCUUCAAUAAGAAAGAUUAGCGAGAGACACGACAAAGUGUUCGCUACCGGAUGUAUGAAUCCUGAAGAGGCUGCGAAACAGCCACGAGCCAAUGCCGCCUUUGUUGUUCUGGCGCGAAAUAAAGAGCUGGAGGGGGUGAUUCAGUCGAUUAAAAGCAUUGAACGACAUUUCAACCGCUGGUUCCAUUAUCCUUAUGUUUUCCUCAACGACGGUGAAUUUGAGCAGGACUUCAAGGACACCAUCACUAAUUACACCUCCGCUCCCGUCGAAUUUGGCAAGAUUAACAACACAAUGUGGGGUUAUCCAGACUGGGUGGACCACGAGGUUGCAAGGGAAGGCAUUCGGAAGCAGGGAGAUGCUGCUAUCAUGUACGGUGGCAUGGAAAGCUAUCACCACAUGUGCCGCUUCUAUUCCGGUUUCUUCUACAAGCAUGAACUGCUCCACAAGUAUGAGUGGUAUUGGCGCUUGGAGCCCGAGAUCAAAUACUUCUGUGAUAUCACCUACGAUCCAUUUAUUGAGAUGGCACGAGCAAACAAGACGUACGGCUUCACAAUUGCCGUCAAAGAACUGAAGGAGACCGUUCCCAACAUCUUUCGAUACGCCUCGGCUUAUAAACGGAAGCACAACCUCAAGUCAAAAGGACUAUGGGAGAUGUUUGUGGAGAGACAGCCUGAGAAGGACGACAGUGGCGACAACAAAAGACAAAAGACGCUGCCCGUUGAAAUUCUCCAGACUGAGCCUGGCCAUCAAAACAUUGAGGAUAUCGACCCAGAAAACAUGGAGGGUGAAAAGUACAACAUGUGUCAUUUCUGGAGCAAUUUCGAAAUCGCUAGACUUGACUGGUUUCGCAGCAAGGAGUACGGGGACUUUUUUGAUAUGAUGGACAAAAGCGGUGGAUUCUGGAUGGAAAGAUGGGGCGAUGCACCCAUCCAUUCCCUUGCAGCAGGUGCACUUCUUGCGCCUCGCGACAUCCACUACUUCCGCGAUUUUGGAUAUAGACAUACGACCAUCCAGCACUGCCCGGCGAACGCUCCAGCGAGACAACUGCCACAUAUUCCUUGGCUUGAAAAGACAACUGAAGACGAGAAGGAGCGAAAGGAAGAAGACGAGUACUGGGCGACGCCAGACCCGCCUAAGGAGAAUGGCGUAGGAUGUCGUUGCAGAUGUGACACUGACAUCCGAGAUGUCGAAGGCAAAGAAGGCAGCUGCCUCGCCGAAUGGGUCGAAGUCGCCGGAGGUUGGGCCUCUCCUUAG